AUGAGGCUUCAGACCUCGACGGCCCCGAGGGAGACCACCCGGCGGCGCCCGACGGAGGCCGGCGCCGCGCCAGCGGGGGAGGCCGAGGCCGCGCCGGGCCUGCCGAGCCUGGGCUCGGCGCUGCACCUGGCGGGGGGCUGCCGGCCGUGCGCCUUCGCCGCGCAGGGCGCGUGCAAGAGCGGGGCGCUCUGCAGGCAGAGGCCGCUGGCCGCCUGGCGGCCUGGCCCGCGCGCCCUGGCCAUGGACGCGCCGCGGGUGCUGGAGCUCAACCUGCUGCUGUCCGCGUGCGCCCACCUCGCUCGCAGGGCUGGGGAGGUCAUGCGCGAGGUCCGGGCGGAGGGGCAGCUGGGGGCCCACAACAAGAAGCUGGAGGGCGACGAGAGGGACGCCCAGGCCAUGGACCCCGCCGAGGUCCUCACCAUCGCGGACACCCGCUCGCAGGACGUGAUCGUGUCGAGCCUGCGCGACAUGUUCCCGGGGAUACGGAUCGUCGGCGAGGAGGACGAGGCCUCAGGCGGCAAGGAAGCGCGAACGCGGCUGUCCGAGGUGCCGCCGCUGCCCCGCAUGGAGGUGCCGGAGGCGCCACGGCCGCCGCUGAUCGUGGACCAGGAGAAGGCUCGGACGUCGGAGCUGAUCGGGAUGGCGGCCGACGCCACGUGCCUCACCUGCCCGGGCCGCCGGCGCGCGGCGGCCGCCGCGGGCAGCCAGGCGCGCGCCGCGGAGACCCCGCGGGCCGCGCCGGCAGCGGCCGGCGGCCUGCCGGCGGAGCAGCGCGCGCGGCUGGCCGACUUCCGCGCGCUGCUGGGCCCGGGCGGCGCGGAGGCGGACGAGCAGCUGCUGCUGCGCUUCCUGCGGGCGCGGCGCUGGGACCUGGCCGCUGCCAAGGAGCAGUUCGAGGCCGCGCAGCGCUGGCGCGCGGAGAGCGGCGCGGACCGCCUGCGGCGGCGGGCGUCGGGCCCCUCGGGGGCCGAGGUGGCGAGGGCGGCCGCUCGCGACCCGCGCCUGUCGAGCGGCGGCGUGGAGCGCUUCCCCGAGCAGCGCCUGGUCGAGCGGCACGACAAGGAGAGCGUCUGGAGGCGCCUCAGCCCGGUGGCCUACUUCGGGCACGACCGGGAGGCCAUCGUGGACGGCUUCGUGCGCCUCCAGGAGGUGCAGGCCGCGCGCAUGGCGGAGGCCAGCGCGCUCCUCGGGCGCCCGGUGACGUCGCAGGUGAUCAUCAUGGACCUGGCCGGCAUGGCCUGGAAGCCCCACCCGCGCAGCCUCGCCGUGUUCCUCACGCUGGGGAUGCACUUCUUUGUGAACACGCCGUGGGUCUUCACGGCCGUCUGGCGGGCCCUGCGCCCCGCGCUGGACCCAACCACCGUCUCCAAGAUGCACAUCCUCGGCUCCGACUUCCGGGCGGAGCUCCUGAGGCACAUAGAUCCCGGGCAGCUGCCCAGGGAGCUCGGCGGCACCAACGACUUCGACGUACUGUGGUCGCCCAUGGGCUCCAGCGAGCUGGAGGAGCUCCUGGGCCGCCACAGGCAGGAGCCCACGGCUGCGCACCCGCCGGAGACCGCCAACGACCAGCCAGCGCACCCGGCGGGCACGAGGUUCCGGGCGCCGGAGGGAUGGGGGGUCUUUCAGGCCAUUGCCAAGUCCUUCACCUACGACGAUACGUGUUUGUGGGUGGACCCGCUCGAUGGCACCAUUGAGGUGGCGCACAUUGGCAGCUCGGCGGCGCGGCGUGUGCGACGGGCCAGGGCCGCUGCAGCUGCGGAUGGCGCAGUGCGGCUGGCGCGUGAUCUGUCCGCGCACCGCGCCGAGCGGCUGCGAAUCGCAGAAGAGGCUCUUGGUGCAAUCGCGGGCGGCGACGGCAACCUGGCCAACAGGGCCCAGCCCUUCGCCCCCACUGCCGGGCUCCACGCGCAGACCGAGGGCAUCGCGCCACGGUGCUGGGACGCCCCUGCGGCUGCUGAUCGCGACGGCGCGUGCCGGCGCGCCCCAGGGCCCCCACGGGGGAUGACUGCCCUGGCAGAGGGCGCGGCGGCCGUCGAGGCGGAGGUGAGCAUCUACAUCAACGAGUGGCUUGUGGAGCUGCAGCGGUGGACGGCCUCGACGGCGUCUUACGCCCCCCUCGCUCGCAGCCGCGGGCGCUUCGAGAGCAUCCUGAAGCGGACCGCGGAGCUGGAGCGGAUCACGAGGGCCUGCAACGAGCUUGCCGCGGCCGUGCUCGAGCGCGUCGCCUCCGUCACGUGGCCGCGACUGGCCGCCGCUGGCGUGGCAGCGGCGUCGGUCUGGAUCCCCGCUCCGCCGCGGGCGGCCCCGCGGGGCGCGCGGAUUGGGCAGCUGCGCGAGCUCUGGGCGGGCGUCUCUCGGGACGCGGCCAGUGCCCAGCGACCAGCUCGAGCCCAUGCCGGAGCCACGCAGCCAGAGCCCGCGCGAUGGAACCUGGCCAGCACUGGCGCCAUGGACCAGGACUACGACAGGUUCGACCUCGUGGUGGCCAAGCUCAUGAUACCGCACAUUGUCCCCGGCGUCGCGCAAGCGCAGGAGCGCCACUGGGGGGGCGCCUGGGCCGAUUUGUUCGGCCACGCGUGGGCCGAGCUCUUCGCGAGGAUCGGGGCGCAGGCCCACCGGCUCCCAGCCGCGCCUGUGGACGUGUUCCGGGUGGAGCUGAGCGACGCCAAGGCGGGGGCCCAGCUCUCGGCCCGGAUGCCUGCGGCCGCGGGCACGCGCUCUGAGCAGGCCGCUGCCGAGGUCCCGCGCUGCGCGAGGCCUCCUGCGACGCCUGGCCCUGCGCAGCUGGUCCAGGCCCGCCACCAGCUGUCUUGCAGAGGGGCCGCUGGGGUCUGUACGAAGUGCACGGCCUCGGCGAGCUCCGAGGCCGCUCUGGCCAGACUGGAGCACACACAGCCCGUGCGCCCUCGCGCUUAUGGGGCCCUCGUGGCGCGCGCGCGAGCACUGCGCCUGGGCUCGGAGAGGCCGCGGCGGGCCGGCCCCGCGGGGCGCCGCCGCGCUUCCGCCCACAUGGGGCGCGGCCGGCCGAGCGCGGCCGAGCGCGGCGCCGGGGCCGCGGCCGGCGCCUCCGGCAGCGGCAGGGGCGGCACGGUGGCCUGCGGCGAGUGCGGGCGGGUGCUGCCCAGGUCCGCGUUCUCCCGGGCCGCGCUGGCCGCGGACGGGGGCUCCUGCCGCGACUGCCAGCACCACUUCUGCGGCGGCUGCAACCAGUGGCUCCCGCCGUCGAGGUUCGACGCCGAGGCCCUGCGCCACCAGCGCCCGGCCAGGGCCCGCUGGGGCGCCGCCCCGCCGGGGCAGGCGUGCGCGUCCUGGUGCGCGUCGUGCGGCGAGAACGCGCAGGUUGACCGGCUGCUCAACACCCCAAAGGACGAGGUGACGCACUUCGGCGCUUGGGGUGCUGUCCAGCUGCAGCGGGAGGCCGACCACGCCUUCCUUUUAGUCUGUUGUCGGCGAGGGAUCUGCGAGCGCGUGGUGCUGGAAAAGAUCCUGGCCUUUGCGCGCGUACCGUUCGUCAUGACGUCUGGCGGUGUGCACUAUUGCGAGCUGUGCGACGAGGCGUUCGACGAGGUCACUGCUGCACGACAGUACCACAUGCGCGUCCCGAGCGCGAGGGCGCAGUGGGACGGCUGCCCAGGGCCCAGGCUGCAUUUCCACGUGGGCCAGGUGUGCGACACCGCGGCCCUGCAGAGGAGCGACAACGGCGCGUGGUUCUUCAAGACGAUGGCGCGCGUGAGGCCGCCGAAGCCUGGCGGGGGCGAGGCUGCCGCCACAGUCGCUGCAGAGGGGCAGAGCAAGUUCGAGGUGCGCUGGGCGCCCCUCGCGGCCACCGCGGAGGCCCUCGGGCCGAGCCCCGUGGUGGAGCACCUGGCCUCGCAGCGGCACUGCUCGAACCACCGCCGGGUGUCUUCGGGCGAGGUCCGCCUCGUGGGCAGGGCGGCGAUGGAGCUGGCGCGACGCUUGGAGGAGAGCCGCCCGGCACAUCUCUGAGCCGGUUCAGGGACGGCCUCGGCCUCAGGGGCCGCUUCUGCGCGCCCGCCGACGUGGGGCGCGCGAGGCUCCUGGAGCGGGUCGGGGGGCGCCAGCGGGCCAUCAAGGGCGGAAAAAACGCCCCUACCCUGGCCUACGAGGCGCUGUGCGCUGAACCUCCUGCGGGCUAACAGGGUAAACCCUGCGCGAUGUGCGGCGUCCUGGCGGCUCUCUAGGCUUCGGGCGUUCCCGGGAGGUUCACAGACCACGCACUUGUAACCCAGGGUAGGGUCGUUUUUUGCAUCCCUCAGGCCAAGCUGUCGCUGGGCGCCGACUCCACCUGGGUCUCGCCCGAGCUGCUCCUCGAGGCCGAGGAGGCCGCCGGGGUGAAGCAGCAGCGCGCCCCGAGGCAGCAGCGGCAGCAGGCCCGGCGGUCGUCGCAAGGCACGGCGGCUUGAUGCGCCCCCCUCGCUUCGAGUCGGAGGCGCGCCCGGCGCGCGCUUUUCUGCGAACCACGGCCCCUCGUGGCGUACGCCACAGGCGAGCGCGCGCGGAAGCCGGGCUGGGAGCGGGAGUUGGCCGCCGGCGCGACGUCGCCGCCGAGGCGACGCGCGGUGUACAGAAGCAGGUCGACGUGUGCGUUGAAAGGCCGCCGGAGCGCCGCCCCGCGGGGGCCAUCGUGCGCGUCCCUGUGCGCGUCGUGCGGCGAGGGGUCGGCAGGAUUGAAGCCCAGACUCGGAGCGGCUGGCCCUCCGUGCAGGCGAGGGCUUGCACCAACUUCACAAAAGGUGAAAGAAGGACCAGGAAGCCAGAUGCACUCGACGUGGGAUGUCUUCAAUCAAGGGGCCCAAGGACACACAAAUAAAUAC